UACCGGGUGCCUUGUAGCAGCUCAUGCCGCAGGAUAAUAGAAGCUCGGGAGGAUACAGGGACAGUCGAAGGAACGACUACGACCGAAGAGACGACUACAACCGAAGAGACGACGACGACCGAAGAGAUUAUAUCAAUUCACGAGGCUACAGCGGCAGGCGGAGAAGAUCCACCUCUCGAGAACAAGACCGUUAUUUUCGACGGCGAAGGGAUGAAGUGAAGGACAUUAGGCGCACUUCCGGAGAACGCGAGCCCGACCGCGAACACGAGCACGACGGAGCGCGCUACCGGGACGCACGACCAAGAGAGAGGGCGAGAGACGUGGAUAGAACCGGAAGCUCCGGACCUUCGCGCACAAACCGGUCUGCGUCCCCCCGCCGUCGAUCACGGCCUCGCUCUCAACGAUCGGGCUCUCGUUCCGCGUCACCCGAGGACAAGGCAAAACCAAACUUCGGCGCUUCGGGCUUGCUGGCGGCGGAGACGAAGAAGGUUCAACAUACCGACGGGACAAGCACGGUUCUCAAGUACCAUGAGCCUCCCGAAGCUCGUAAACCCCAGGCCCGCUGGCGCUUAUACGUCUUCAAAGGGAGCGAGCAGGUCGAGCUGCUUCAUAUCCACGCACAAAGCGCGUAUCUCUUUGGUCGAGAUCGAGCUGUCGUUGACGUUCCUCUUGAGCACCCAUCAUCGUCCAAACAGCAUGCUGUCAUACAAUAUCGAGCGAUCAACGAAAAGAAUGAGUUCGGGGAGGUAAAGGCUGUUGUCAAGCCUUUCAUCAUCGAUUUGGAGUCUACGAAUGGCACUCACGUCAAUGACGUACAAAUACCAGCUGCUCGUUAUUACGAACUCCAACUAAACGAUGUUAUCAAGUUUGGAUUGUCGGCUCGCGAAUAUGUCCUACUUCACGACGACGCCGCAUAGUUUUCAGACAGGGUAAACAUCGGUACUCUCAGGCACGUUUCGCAGGUAUGAGGAAGAGUAUUGUAACUACGCCAAUACAUCUGAUGUUACAACACAUUGUUGAAUAGUACUACUACGCUGC